AUGAAUCCCCAAAAUAAAUAUGGUUACCCGAUGCCAGUUAGAUACAUUGUACCAAUGCGCCAACAACCAACGACCUCUCCGCCCUUUGCUAAUCAGGCAUUUAAUCGUUUUAACGUUCCACAACAACCUCAACCAGGCGUGACGUAUAUGCAACCAGUUCGAGGACAAUUAUUUUAUCAGAAUCCCGGUGUUUAUGCUAUGCCGCAGCAAAUGCCAGUUCGUCCAUACGGCUAUCAUCCUGGUUUCGGGCAAAUUCCGUCACAACCCGUCUCUGCAAGGAUGCAAGCACCAAUUCAGCAGCCGCAGCAAUAUAACAAUCCCUAUCAACCGCCACAACAACAACAACAACCACCACCAUCGCAGCAAAAAACAAGUAAAUCGAAAAAGAAUAAGGAAUAUGCUGAUGCUGCUUUCACUAUUGAUCCAACGAAACAAGAAGCUAUCAAAGGUUUAUUAUCAAAUAAUGAUAUUAAUGACUUGUUAAAAGUGAAAGGCACAAAAGUGAAAGUAGCAAAAAUAUAUCGAAUAACAAAAACUAAGCCAGAACAAUCGGACUCAGAUGAUGACGAUGAAUAUGAACCAGUGGUCCUUGAUUCUCCAACGCAAAAAAGUCGUUCACAACAACAACGCCCCAUAUCUGCAGACAGUCAUUGUUCAACAUGUAGUUCGUGUUCGUGUUCCGAAUGUCGUGGCGAACACGAUAAUUGUCCAGAGUGUCUUGCUGAAAAAGAGAGAAUGAGACGUUCUCAGCGAAAGUGGUAA